AUGGCAGCAGGCCUUCGCCUGGCUGCGGCGCGGUCCGUGCCGGCCAUCUCCACGAAGGGCUUCUCUAUGAUGUCUGCAGAAGUGCAGAGCCCAUCGUGGACACCGCCCACCGAGGUGGAGAUGGAUUUGGCGCCGGUGAAAGAAAUGCAGGUUGAGCCUGUGGUGGAGAUCAGGUACGAGGAGUUGAAAAGUCUCACGCCCGAUGUUCUUGACAAGCUUCGCAAGGCCUUUUCAGGCCCACGCGCCUACGGAGCUGUGGCCAUCACGGGCAUCCCAGGUUAUGCCGAAAAGCGUCGCAGGGCAUUUCGCGCGGGCAUCGACCUGGCACUCUUGGACCCAGAGGGUCGUGAUCGAGCGGCGGCUGUGAACAACACCUACCCUGGUUGGAGCGGUACGCCAGGCAGUGAGACGCAUCCGUUGCAGAACAGCUUUCUGUUCAACGUUAAGGAGGAGCUCCCGGAAGGCAAAGUCGACCCCUUCUUCGGCAAGAACAUCUUCCCCAGCGAGGAGUAUCGUCAGACAUGGGUGGAGUUUGCAACGUCUAUGUACGGUGUGGCUGUGGAUGUCCUGCGUGGUUGCGACAAGGUGAUGGAACUGGACGUGCCUUCCUGGUCGGAGUCGCCCCGCAGCCUCGCAAAGAUGGGCGACGAUGGACCCGCGCUUGCCGGCCGAUUCAUCUGCUAUGACUCCGGCUUCACUCGAGAAGAUCGGCUCCUUGAGGUCGCCAAGGAGAAAAGCAACUUGGCUGUCGGAGAUGUGCCAGACCUCCUGGAGCCUGCCAAAAUGUCUGGUAAGUUGGUUGGGCACGCCGGAGAUGGCCUGGCGUCCAUGCGGACCCACACCACUCCUGUCAAGUCUGCUGGGCACGCCGGAGAUGGCCUGGCGUCCAUGCGGACCCACGCCACUCCUGUCAAGUCUGCUGGGCACGCCGGAGAUGGGCUGGCGUCCAUGCGGACCCACACCACUCCUGUCAAGUCUGCUGGGCACGCCGGAGAUGGCCUGGCGUCCAUGCGGACCCACACCACUCCUGUGAAGUCUGCUGGGCACGCCGGAGACGGCCUGGCGUCCAUGCGGACCCACACCACUCCUGUCAAGUCUGCUGGGCACGCCGGAGAUGGCCUGGCGUCCAUGCGGACCCACACCACUCCUGUCAAGUCUGCUGGGCACGCCGGAGAUGGCCUGGCGUCCAUGCGGACCCACUCCACUCCUGUGAAGUCUGCUGGGCACGCCGGAGAUGGCCUGGCGUCCAUGCGGACCCACUCCACUCCUGUCAAGUCUGCUGGGCACGCCGGAGAUGGCCUGGCGUCCAUGCGGACCCACUCCACUCCUGUGAAGUCUGCUGGGCAUGCCGAAGACGGCUUUGCAUCUAUGCGGGCCCACUCCACUCCUGUGAAGUCACCUGGGCACAUAUUCGCGUUCAGCGAAAGUAAUUCUGAUGCAUCUUCUAAUUCACCUGCGCUGGGGCAGAGCAGAGGCUCUGCCUCACUCGCCAUUGCGAACAGCACGGCGACGGCCGGUGGAGAGCAGCCGGGUGAUUACUGGCUCCCCUGGCACGUGGAUUCCAAUUUUGUAACCCUUCUCCACAAGGAGAUGUACGCCAGUGAAGCCACCGGCGCUUUCCUCUCAGAGCCGGCAGGGGCCGGGCUGAUGAUGAUGAACGAGGUUGGGGAGACUACGAUGUUCCAGUGCUCCGACCCCGAUGCGAUGAUUCUCCAAAUGGGUGCGUUCGCACAAAUCUAUACAGGGGGCGCAAUGAGCUCUUGUCGACAUGCUGUACUCAACACACUGCAGCCAGGGGUCGCCCGUUUCAACUACUGCAAUUUUUGGUACGUGCCGUGGGACACGCUGUGCGAGCCCCCCCCUGGUAUGGAGAGCACAGCCGUCAGCAAGGGCUGGAAUGCCAUGAUGGAUGAAAGCUACCUCAACAUUACGAUGAGGCAGAGCUUCUCCGCAUUCCGACAGUUCAUGGUGUCGCCGGAGGCUCGAAUUCAGUUUGUGAAUUCCGAGCGCUUCAAAGAACUUUCGGCGAUCCUCCCUUUGGAGAAGAAGCCGCGCACACGGGGUGUCCCGGACAGCAAGCCGGACAUCCAGAUCGACCUCUUGACCGACGUGCGGUGUCCCUUCUCGUUCAUCAGUCAGACGAAUUUGCAGGCAGCAGUCCGAAAUUUGGAGAUGCAAGACCACGUCAACUUGCGGUUCCACCCAAUCUUCCUCAAUCCCAAUGUCUCCAAGGAGGGUGAGAGUUUGGACGACUACCUGUGGCGCGAGUUCGGUUACACCAAGGAGUAUGCCCACUCAGAGAAUUAUCCGCUGCGGCAAGCUGGGCUGAAGGCAGGUAUUGCCCUGAAUCCCAAUCGGCGGGUGGUCAACACCUUCGACGCCCAUUGCCUGAUCGAGGUUGCACAGGCACAGGGCAAGCAGGAGGCGCUGGAGCAGAUGCUUUCCCGAUGGUACUUUGAGGAGGCGAAGGACAUCUCGGAUGUCCACGUCCUGGCUGCAGCAGCUGCCGAAUGUGGCAUUGAUGCCACACUCGCAGCAGCACCUGAGACGAAGGCCGCGGUGCAGAAGCGCUACGAGGAUUUGUCCUCCAUGCUUGGAGAAGUUCCGCAUUUCCUGCUCCGAGAAGAGAUCUCGGGAAACGGCAUGGAGAUGAACGGCCUGAAAAGCGUAGAGGAGUGGGAAGAGGUGCUAAAGCAGGUGGUGGAGCGUGGUCAGUUUGUCGGGGUUACGAUCGAUGGACCCCACGGAAAGAAGGUCCGCCUGGAUGAAGCAAAUCCUUAUUCGGCCGUAAGCCAUGCAACGAAUGCGCAGCAUGGAUGGAAGCCAGCCGGCUGGCCGUACGAGGCCGAAGAUUUCGCACGUAUGGACGAAAGCCCGGACACCAUGAUGUACGCGGAACCGCGGCUGGUUGAGCACCUCGAUGACAGCUCGCUGGAGCGGCUGCGUGGUGCCUACGAUGCCUUCUUCAAGGCAUGCCCAGAGGGCUUCGCAGUGUUGGAUCUGUGCUCGAGUUGGAACUCGCACUACCCGGAAGAGGCUUUGCGUAGCUCGUCUCUAGAGUCAUCGGACAGUUGCACAACAACUGGGCCUAGAUUACAACGGAAUGCCUCCCCAAAGCUCAUGAUCCAUGUUGUACUUUCGAUCGCAAAGUCCGUCACAGCGGCUUCUAUCAAACCCAUCCUGAGCCUCUGGCUGCGAGAAUCAUGA